AUGAAUCAACCACCACCAGGAUUCUCUCAAACAGUGCCUCCUCACCAUCCUCACGCACCACCGCCACCACCACCUCCACCUCACGGACUCCCUCAUCCCGGUCAUGCCCAUGCUCAAGGCCAUGGCCAUCCAGGACAUCCCGGUCAUCCAGUUCCUCUCCAUCUUCCUCCUCCCAUUCCACCUAUGCCUCAAAAUGGGUUUAUUAAUGGAACAGCGGCAGGAAAUGGUUCUGCUAAUAAUGGCACGGGAAUUGUUCCAGGUCCAGUUCCUGUUUCAGUGAUCCCCAAUGGCUCACAAUCGAAUUCUAAGGGUCGUUACAGUCCAGCCCCCAAUGCUACUGCUGGCGGUUCCUCCCGUAGCAGCGGAGUUACCUCUCCAGUCCCAGCUCCCAUUUCAGCACCGGCUCUAGUUCCUACUCCUCCUAUUCCAGCACCAGUUCCAGCAGCAGCUCCAGGUCCAGCACCAUCGGCAGCUCCUGUUCUAACAGGAACAAAUGCAACCAACUCUGGUACUGUUUCUGCUGCCAAGGGUAGUACUAACAACGAGUUCGAUCUUGCUUCGUACGUAUACAAUGCCGGGUUUGUUCACGCUGCAUGGGCUGAUACUUUCCUUAAUAUCACACCUCACCCACCUUUGCGAUUACAUGCCCUUUUCGCAUCUCGUUCUCCUCUUCUUUACAGUAUCCUGGCCAACUAUGCUAGUGGCAGUCCUCCAUAUCAUAUCAACCUUGCCAGUGAUGACAAAUACCUCACCAGUGGAGCUCUUUCUCUAGCAGCUGCUACUCUGUAUGGCCAUGCUUUGGACAGUCAAUCGUGCGAUUUAGAGCUUGCCAAGGGCUUAUUAAGUGCAGGAAAUUUGUUAGCUCUCGAUGAUAUUUCGUCGGGUGGCUACCAGGCAAUUCUGAACUUACUGUCAAUUGACACUGUUGAAGAGAUUCUGGAAUUUGCUCUAUCUUCAGCCGGUUCUAGAUCCAACGACGAGCAAUCUUCCGCUGGAACACAAACUGGCUCUGCUCGUGGUUCUCCGGAUUUGUCGUCUUCUUCAGCAUCUAACAACGGAAACCCCCGCAGCGGCUCUACCUCUGCAUCUACAGAUACCACCAACAACUCAGCAAGUUCAGGUUCAGGUUCUGCCGGUUCCACCACCAGCAACACGAGCAACGGAACUUCUCUCUCCGGCUCAUCAUCAAACCGAUCCACACCUGCUUAUGAGGAUCUCCAGAUCACAUAUCCUGGUCCUUAUCCACGAUUCACCAGCAACCUCGUUGCGACGGUUGUCGACUUCCUGCUCAACAACUUCAAAAACGCAGAAUUCCAGACCAAGCUGCGGACUAUCCUACUCACCCUUCCAUUCCACAUCUACAAGCACAUCAUCGAAAGCGAUCGAUUGGCUGUCAAAAGCCACAUGGAGCGCCACAGCUUCGCCCGCGAGAUGACCAAUGCCCGCGAGCAGCACCGACGAAAGAACAGCGCUUCCCGACCCGUUGUCUACGAAGAAAACGUGGUCCUGGCAUUCGGCGGCGGCAAAGGCGGCGUCGAAGUCAUCCGCAAACCCCUCGGCAAAAAGAAGACCCUCUGGAAGGCGUCUCAAUAG